AUGGCGGCUAAGGAAAAAGAUGAUGUGCAGGCCCAUGUGUCUGGGCAAGCAAACAAGCCCAUGACCGCCCCUGCCCAUGCCUUGACAAUCGAAGAGGUUGUUCAUCAGCUCCAAGCCAACGUUGAGGCUGGUCUUAGCACCGAUGAAGCCAAGAGACGCCUCGAGGAACAUGGUCGCAACGAAUUCGGCGAGCAGGACGGCGUCCAGCCUCUAAAGAUCUUUAUCGGGCAAAUCGCCAAUGCACUGACGCUUGUACUUAUCCUGGCUAUGGCUGCCUCGUUUGGAAUUCAGUCCUGGAUUGAAGGUGGCGUCAUUUCUGCCGUCAUCAUUCUCAACAUCGUCGUGGGUUUCUUCCAAGAAUUCAAGGCCGCCAAGACCAUGGACUCUCUUCGGUCACUUAGCUCGCCAACUGCUCAAGCCAUUCGAAAUGGCGACAAUGAGACUGUUGUUACAGCCGAAAUCGUUCCCGGCGACAUGGUUGAACUGAAGACGGGCGACACUAUUCCUGCCGACAUCCGUCUCAUUGAGGCAGUCAACUUUGAGACCAACGAGGCUUUGCUCACUGGAGAAUCACUCCCCGUUCGCAAGGAACCCGUCCCAACCUACGCUGAUGAUACCGGACCAGGCGAUCGCCUCAACGUUGCCUACAGUUCAUCAACCGUAACCAAGGGACGAGCGCGCGGUGUUGUAUUUGCCACCGGCCUUUACACCGAAAUCGGUCAGAUUGCUGCUGCUCUUCGUGGCAAGAGUUCCCGUCGACGAGAGCCUAAGCGUCGGGAGGACGGCACUACCAGCUUCGGUCGCUGGCUGCAGGCAUGGUCUCUCACAUUCUCUGAUGCUGUGGGUCGCUUCCUCGGCGUGAAUGUUGGUACUCCCCUUCAGAAGAAGCUCUCUAAGCUUGCCUUACUCCUCCUCGGCACUGCAAUCAUCUGCGCUAUCAUUGUUCUCGGUGCCAACAGAUUUGACGCCAAGCAAGAGGUCAUCAUCUAUGCUGUCGCAACUGGCUUGUCCAUGAUCCCCGCGUCACUGGUCGUUGUUCUUACCAUCACCAUGGCUGCUGGUACGAAACGAAUGGUCCAGCGUCACGUCAUUGUGCGCAACUUGAAGAGCCUUGAGGCUCUUGGUGCGGUUUCUAAUAUCUGUUCCGACAAGACUGGGACCCUUACCCAGGGUACCAUGAUUGUCAAGAAGGCGUGGAUUCCCGGUCGUGGGACAUACUCCGUCGGCACCACCAGCGAACCGUUUAACCCGACAGUCGGACAGCUCGGCCUCAAACUUGCCCAGCCCAAGGACAUCAACUUUCGCGGCAAUGACGCUGAUGGUGAGCCUAUUGAUGGUACUGAAGCUGUUACUAAAGAUGCCACGCUCAGGGAGUAUCUCAACGUUGCCUCGCUUGCCAAUCUCGCCACUGUAAACCAGGUGAAUGGCGAGUGGCAUGGCCGCGGUGACCCUACAGAGAUUGCGAUGCAAGUGUUUGCCUCACGAUUUGACUGGAAUCGCCUUCGCCUUUCCACAGGCGAAAAAGCCCAGUGGCAACAAGUUGCCGAGUUCCCAUUCGACUCUGAUGUGAAGAAGAUGUCUGUCAUUUUCGAGAACAAGGAAACCAAUAAGCAGUGGCUUUUCACAAAGGGUGCCGUUGAACGCCUUGUGAAUUCCUGCCCGCGAUACGCGGUAGGUGACGAGAUACAAGAUCUCACCGAGGAUAUUAAGGAAGAUGUGCUCAGGAACAUGGAGGCCAUGGCCCGCCUCGGCCUUCGUGUCUUGGCUCUGGCUAGCCGAACUGACAUUCGUCACGUCAAGGACAACGAGGCUGAGUUGGAGCGUGGCGAUUUUGAGCAAGAUCUAAUCUUCCGUGGUCUCAUCGGUCUAUAUGACCCUCCACGCCCAGAGUCAGCCUCUUCUGUGCAAAAAUGCCAUGAAGCCGGUAUCAGCGUGCACAUGUUGACUGGUGACCACCCCGAGACUGCCCGUGCCAUUGCCCUCGAAGUCGGGAUUCUACCAUCCAAGAUGAACGAGAUUGCUACAGAUGUUGCCAAGACUAUGGUCAUGGCCGCUUCUGAUUUCGACAGACUAACUGACCAGGAAAUUGACGAGCUCCCCCUUCUCCCUCUCGUCGUGGCACGAUGUGCCCCUCAGACCAAAGUUCGCAUGAUUGAGGCUCUUCAUCGUCGAAAGCGCUUUGUUGCCAUGACCGGCGAUGGUGUCAAUGAUUCGCCUAGCUUAAAGCGUGCUGAUGUCGGUAUCGCAAUGGGCCAAGCCGGCUCUGACGUUGCCAAGGAGGCAUCCGAUAUUGUGUUGACGGAUGACAACUUUGCCUCUAUCCUUAACGCUGUUGAAGAAGGCCGACGCAUGUUUGAUAAUAUUCAAAAGUUUAUUCUUCAUGUCUUGGCGGAAAAUAUUGCCCAAGCAUGCACUCUUUUGGUCGGUCUCGCCUUCAAGGACAGGCGUGGUAUUUCUGUGUUCCCUCUGGCCCCCGUGGAGAUCCUCUGGAUCAUCAUGAUCACCUCUGGCAUGCCUGACAUGGGUCUCGGAUUCGAGGUUGCCGCCCCUGAUAUCAUGCAACGACCGCCACAAAACUUGAAGCAAGGUGUCUUUACACCCGAACUUUUGGUCGAUAUGGUUGUCUACGGUCUCUGGAUGUCUGCCCUCUGCCUCGCCUCCUUCGUCCUUGUUCUUUACGGUUUUGGCAACGGCGCUGCUGACCUCGGAGACAACUGCAACAACCAAUUCUCCGAAGAUUGCAGGGUUGUCUUCCGCGCUCGCUCCACGACCUUUGCCUGCCUGACCUGGUUUGCCCUCUUCCUGGCCUGGGAAAUGGUCAACAUGCGCCGAUCCUUCUUUCGCAUGCAACCGAAGAGCAAGCGAUACUUCACCCAAUGGAUCAUUGACGCCUGGCGCAACCAGUUCCUGUUCUGGGCUAUCGUCGCAGGCUUUGUCACCAUGUUCCCCAUCAUCUAUAUUCCUGGCCUGAACACAGUCGUCUUCAAGCACGCGGGUAUUAGCUGGGAAUGGGGCAUUGUCUUUGUUGAGGCUUUCCUCUUUUUCUUGGGAAUCGAGGCAUGGAAGUGGGCCAAGAGAGUAUACUACCGCCGUCAAGCGAGAAAGGCCUCGGACAUAAAGGCUGAUCUGGAGACUCGCACCUUUGGUCACUACUUCACUGGUGGUAACUUGAGUAGCGAAGAUGAAGACGAGUCCAAUUUUGACAGCGAAGCGAACACUGAGGCGAGGGGUCGUCAUACCGGCGCCAACGGGGAAAAGGAAGCUUUCUGA